ACGAUUGCCUUCUACAACAUAAGAAGAUCUGAAAACUACAGGGUUUUAAGGGUGGCCUACUUUUAGAGCUCUUGUGGUAACCUAGUGUAGCAACUAGGACGGUAUUGAUCUUACCAUUAGCUUAAGGCUUAGAGAAUCACUCUUCCGGCCAAGCCAAUCUUUCGUCAAAUAUCGACAGUGGGAGAGCUGAUGCUUUUUUUGGUACAAUCCCCAACGAUAUACUUCGGCAAGUAACCACUUAACUUCUGGAAUUACAUCGCCUUCGAUACCCAACUACCAAAGUAUUUCCAAUGCUCGUUACCAGGCAUCUCGAUACAGAGCAGCACCACUGGUCUAGCAAACUUGAGACCGCCUUUCACAAAUCCACAAGCCCACGCAUGUCGAGCUACGACGGCCAUUUGUCGACGCAGCCUGAUUGGCACGGGCAAUACUCUUAUCUUCCUCCCGGAGAAGGCAGCAUCUUCACACAGCCCUUUGAGCAAGUUUCGGGCUCCAGUAGUAACAACGAUGUCGCUUCUCAGCAGCGCACUUCAAGUGCGCAUAACAGCAAUCUCGAGAACACAACCCAGACAACUCAGAGCAGCUUAAACUCACCAAUGAGCCACCAUCGUAUAUUAGACCCUCUUGGACUGCGCCAACCGAAGGCCGAAUCUCCCGCACAUGAACAGCCUGAUGUGCAGGGUGCGAGCUAUGCUAUUAAGGCCGAGUCCGCACACGAAGAGUCGUUAGCUUCAGCGGACCCUCAAGGGCUUGCCCUCAGACAGAAUACAAUAGGCUCAACAUCGUCAGCUGGACAGGGCCAGGAAGUUACAGCCGUUCCAGCCGGAAAUGAAGAGACCGCUUUAGGAAAGGAUGAAGAUGACGAUGUACUGGAAGACGACGAAAUGGUAGAGACUGAGGGUGAUGUGGUAACGCAACCGCAAACUGCAGCUGAGCGCACAGCUGCCCGAAGGAAAAUGAAGCGUUUUAGGCUUACGCACCAACAAACCCGAUUCCUCAUGAGCGAAUUCGCGAAGCAGCCUCACCCGGAUGCUGCGCAUCGAGAACGGCUUUCGAGAGAGAUCCCUGGGCUAAGCCCUAGACAGGUCCAAGUCUGGUUUCAAAACAGGAGAGCAAAAAUCAAGAGACUCACAGCUGAUGACCGAGACCGGAUGAUCAAAAUGCGUGCCGUACCGGACGACUUUGAUAAUGUGCAGGCACUGCAUUCUCCUUACGGAGCUGUACACGGACUGGGAGCGCCAAUUACACCUCCCGUUGACUUUGGAGCUUCAUCGUAUACAGAUCAUAUCAUGCGGCCACUGAUGGUAGAUGGUAUGCGCAGAGGUGAUAAUGACGACCAUAUAUCUUCUUCGGGCCUAAGCCCAGCUUUUGGAAACAUCGGGUUUACGCCUUCGGGGACCAUGAACAAUUCUGAUCUUCUUUCCCCACUGUCGCAGUCUUCAAGUGAUCGAAGCUAUUAUUCCAGCCACUUGGCAAGUCCUCUCGGAGGAGCUCACAGGCCUUCAAACCCCUUCGCCAGGCAAAACAGUCUCGACUCCGGUGUGCAAAUGCACUCUCAAAAUAGGCAGCAAAUUCGGCCUCUGCAGCCGCUUCAGCUCAGGGAGACAUUAUCCAGGUCGAGACCAGAGAAUCUGCAGUCCCCUCUACGCUCAAGUAUGUCAUGGAAGGGGGAUUCAAUCGACUACACGACGUUCUCAAGCACUAGUGGCAGCCCAGGGAUAGGCGGUAGACACCAGUCUAUCUAUCAGCCGGAUCAGAUGGGAAGCAAUCCAGCUAGUUCACUGAACUACGACUCGGGCUCCUAUUCUUCUCCCGGCGUCCAAACUUCUCCUACCAAUAUCAACUACUCGAGCCUACAGCAGCCUUCUCAAAAUAGGUCACGCCUUAGAGCCGCCUCCGCGACUCUUCCACUUGGCCUAGAUCUGCGACAUCAAUAUCGACCCAUGUCUUCUAGCCAUAAUAUUCAGUCUCCUGGUCACUCCUCUACGCCUCGAGUUCCUACCUCUUCGCCUUACGGGUCGUCAACUGCAUACACUACGAGCUUCCCAUCUGCUCCCCUAUCGGCGCCGAUCGACUUCCCACUAUCUAGGACGCCUGGGAUUAAUAGAACUUCGGUCCAGGAUUACUCCAUGUCCCAGCUGAGCGCACCCAUUGCGCCCCCUCAGGAUUUCUCACAAGCGCUACACGGUGGUAUAGGCAGUUCGAGUUCUAGGACUCCUAUGAGAGAUUCGUUUGGAGGUGGUCCUUUGAGCAUCAAUCAAGGACAAGGAUCUGGCGAAAGAAGCGAAGACUAUUCACAGGAGGGUUCGAGCUUAAAGCGCAAACGAAGUUCGUUCAGCCUCUCGCAGGGCGGGCACACGCCUGGACCGGCCCAGACCUCCCAGUCAUACGGGCACACAACUUAAAAGGAUACGCCACUUAGGCCCGUGCUCUUCACAAUAUUUACCUAGCACGAAGCAACUGUACCACGGAAAACUUGAAAAUAAUGCGGCGCU